AUGCCCCGAGUUCGAGUGCCCGUCCGACGUUCGGGAUAUCGUUAUACAGCACGGCCCGGUAGACGAUAUCCAGUUGCACCCGUAGCACCAGCACGUGGAGGCAAAGGUUUAUUAGGAGGUUUAGCCGGUCUACUCUUGUGUUUACUGUGCUUAGCAACACUCGGUCUACUUGGUCUUUUCGCAGCAUUUAUUGCAGUGACAGCUUAUCUAGGAGAUGUUUAUCGUGCAUUGAAGAGUGCCGGUGGUGCUGCACCCGGCCUUUACGUAAAUAUGGCCGUCUUAUUCGCUGCCUUAUUCUUUGCCGUUUAUCAUAAAUUGCAACGAUCAUUAUAA